AUGAUCUUUACGCUCGUUGUCAAAUUUUUGAACAGAAAAAAUCGAGCAGCCGACGACGCGGCAGCAGUGAAGCUUCGAGUCGUGACAGUAAAAUACCCAAAAGAGAAGAAUCGUGAUCGGGAAAGGGAUAGGGAUCGCGAUCGCGAUCGUUCAGUUGAAGACAGAAAUAAUGAUAGUCAGUACAGAAAGGUAGACCGUGAGGAGAGAAGCAGAAAGUACGACAAACGUGACGAGCCUCCGCCGCGCGAGUCGCGGGUCAAUGACCGGCGGCGGCAACACAGCUCCUCCGAGGACCGGGACUCCUCGCCAGAAUACCGCCAGAGGUCCUACAUCACCAAAGUCGAAAACAAGAAGCGAGAACCUUCUGUAGAAUCAGAAAGAGAGAAACGGAAAAGUUCCAAGCGAUCGAAACGUGACCGCCAGCGGUCUUCCCCAGAAACAGAAUCAGAACCCGCUACCAAGAGCAGGUCCGACAAGAGAAGCAGAAAACACUAUUCCAGGGAGUCCAGCUCAUCUCCACCACCCGAAAAGAGGCGGCGAAAGAGUUCGUCUCAAGAAUACAGAAAGCGAAACGAAGACACUUACUAUAACAAAAAGGAAACUAUUAAAGAAAACAACAAAAACCACAGAGACGAUAGAGAAGAACGUAAAGCUGCCAGGAGAAGUGAAUCUCUAGAUGACAGAUAUAGCCGGCGCGAGACCUCGCACCCUAGGAGAAAGGAGAAAGAUAACAAAUAUGACAAGAAUCAUAAGAAUAACCACGAUACUUAUGAAGACGUAUCGACGAAACGAAAGUAUCGGGACGCGUCUGAAGACAAACCGAGGAGAAAGAAGGACAGGAGUGUUUCUAGAGACAAAAGAGAAUCUUCUUCGGAAUACAAAGAAAAGUCGCCGAUCCACAAAAGUUCUAAGAACAGAGAAUCUCGAAAAGAGGAAAAAUCGCUAAAAAGACCAGAAAGGAAGUAUUCGUCAUCCGAAUCCGAGUCAGAACCAGCUGCCAAACAGAAAUUAGAGAAAAUUAGAAAUAAAGCUCGCUACUACAAGGACAGGAGCGAGUCCCCACCACAGAGGGAGUAUAGGAAACGAAGCCGCUCCUCUGAACACAAGAGGAAAGAAUCCCCUCCGACCAAAAGCAAAGGUGAGAAACACAAAAGUCGGAAAUUAGAAAGUAAACGUGAAACCAGUAAGCCUACGAGGAAGUCCCCUUCACCAGAAGAACGAUCUCGGCGCAAACCGUCGCCGAGUCGGUCCAAAUCUCCAACUCCACGCAAAAGCUCAAAAAAGGACAAACGAAAGAGUGUAACACCAGUUAAGAAAAGCAAAAAGUCGUCAGAACGAGGCACCACGGAGCGCCGCGCCUCGCCCAGGCCGGAGCACCGCGAGCGGAACCACGACAGCCGGGCCUCGCACAGGGACCGCUCGCGGUCCCGCUCCGCGCGCAAGAGCCGGAGCACUUCUAGUCUCAGCUACUCCCCCGCGCGCCGCAGCCCCGAGCGGUACAGAGAUAUCAUUGAGAAGUUACCUGAAAAGGAUAAACGCAAAUACAUUAAAUCUCCGUCAGAUCUACAACCCAAAAAGAAAAGCAGCAAAGAUUUAGCGGAAAACUACAAACCAAAAGCAGUUUGCAUGCGCAGCUCGUCCAGCGAACUCGAAGACCAUGAAAUUGAGUUUUCGAGGAUAGAUGACAGGCUUCGGCAAGAAGAGUUAGACGUCAAAGAACUUAGUAGACUGAAAGAAAGACUGGCUAAACUAGCUAAAGUGUCAAUAGAGCGCAGGAGGGUCGAGGAAAUGAUGAACCGACCGUCGACAUCGACAUCGACGUGGCAGGCCACGCGGGCCGAGUCUCAGUCUAGAGAGACGGAAGUAGUCGUCGAGAACAACAAAAAGAAAGAUAAGAGUCCAAUAAACCCCGCUAAAGAUAAAGCUAAAGAGAAAUCUCCUGCGGCAGUGGAAGAAGUAAAGAAGAGCCCAGAAGUGAGUAAAGCUGCGAGUCCUAAAAAGGCCGCGAGUCCGCCUGUGAACGUGGAGUCAUCGCCGGAGGUGAGGAAGAGCGAGGAGGUGGCGGGCGGCAGCGCGCGGCGGCGCUGGUCGCGCUCGUCGUCGCGCCGCUCUGCGUCCCGCUCGCGCUCGCGGAACAAGUCGUCCCGCUCCCGCUCGCGGUCGCGAUCGCGCUCGCGCUCCUCCAGGUCCAGGUCGCGCUCCUAUUCCUCCUCAAGGUUCGUUUUAUUUUUAUUGCUCGACAAAAAGCAUAGCCUUUAA